GUCCUACAACGUUGUGCACGUCCAGGUAUAAAUAGAGGCAUCAGGGUGGUGGUGGGCAUCAGUUGUGAUCACUACUGCAUCAUGAACACUAAGGUACUUCUCCUGCUGGCUCUGGUGGCUGUGGCUGCCGCAGACAAACGCCCCGCGACGGGCUAUGGUGCCCCGCCGGUGUCAUCUGAGGAAUCCGAGCCCCCCAAAUAUGGCUUCGACUGGGCAAUUCAGGACGGCGAAUCUGGCAACGACUUCGGCCAACAGGAGACCCGUGACAACGACCACACCAAGGGGUCGUACACUGUACAGCUUCCCGACGGUCGUCUGCAGACUGUGACUUACUACGUGGACGGUGACUCAGGCUACGUGGUCGAUGUCAAGUACGACGGUGAGGCUCAGUACCCCGACUCUGAUGAGGUCAGGUCCUACGCCCCACCCAGGCCCACUUAUGGCGCCCCCUAAGUUAGUGGAAACUCCCGUGUGGCCACCACCAGGAGGCCACCUCGACCCACCAACAACCACGUACACUCUACCACUGCUACGAGCCUACAGUCAUAGGGACUAGAAAUACUUUUCGAAAUAACAUAGACCAGCGAUUAGUGAGGGUCUUAUUUUUCCAGAACUUUUCUCACAUUUCUUCUUAAUCAGUGUAAGAGACUGAGGUCUUCCUCGCUCUUAACUCCCGUCUUAUAUAUUUUCCUGUAUUAUUUUAUUGUACAUUUGUUAAAUUAUACAUUAUUUAUUAAACUUUCUGCUGCCUGAA